UUCAGCAGCAGCCCGGAAAAGGAUCCCACUGGCCAGGAAGUUUCAUCUGGGAUCCCCGGAGCCUCGGCAAUGGCUCCAGGGUGACUUCUUGGAUCAUCCCCGUUUCCCCGCCCUACCCAAGCGGCUGAAAAGCGCCGGGACGCGCGGUCCGAGCCGGGAAAAUGGGCCCGCGAGCCCGGCCAGCGCUUCUGCUCUUGAUCCUCCUGCGGACGGCGGCCACGCAGGGGCGACCGCCGCGGUCACACUCCCUGCGCUUCCUCUUCAUGGGCGCCUCCAAGCCAGACCUUGGGCUACCCCUGUUUGAGGCUUUGGGCUAUGUGGACGACCAGCUGUUCGUGUCCUAUGAUCAUGAGAGUCGCCGUGCAGAGCGGCGCGUCCCGUGGCUCUGGGGCAGGGCCAGCAGCCAGCUGUGGCUGCAGCUGAGUCAGAACCUGAAAGGCUGGGACCACAUGUUCAUCGUGGACUUCUGGACCAUCAUGGACAACCACAACCAGAGCAAGGUAACGAAGCUGGGGGCCUUGCCAGAGUCCCACACCCUGCAGGUGAUCCUGGGCUGCGAGCUGCAAGAGGACAACAGCACCAGAGGGUUCUGGAAGUACGGGUAUGAUGGGCAGGACUAUCUUGAAUUCCGGCCUGAGACACUGGAUUGGAGAGCAGCAGAGCCCAGGGCCCAGAUCACCAAGCUGGAGUGGGAAGUGAACAAGAUUCGGGCCAAGCAGAACAGGGCCUACCUGGAUCGGGAUUGCCCUGAGCAGCUGUUGCAUUUGCUGGAGCUGGGGAGAGUGCCUCUGGAGCAGCAAGCACCUCCUUUGGUGAAGGUGACUCAUCACGUGACCUCUGCACUGACCACUCUUCGGUGUCGGGCUCUGAACUUCUACCCCCAGAACAUCACCAUAAGGUGGCUGAAGGACAAGCAGCCCCUGGAUGCCAAGGACGUUAAGCCAGAGGAUGUGUUGCCCAAUGGGGAUGGGACCUACCAGGCCUGGGUGGCCUUGGCCGUGCUCCCUGGGGAAGAGCAGAGAUACAGCUGCCAAGUGGAGCACCCAGGCCUGGAUCAGCCCCUCACUGCCACCUGGGAGCCCUCACUGUCUGGCACCCUGGUCACUGGAAUCCUCAGUGGGAUUGCUGUUUGCGUCAUCAUCUUCCUUAUUGGAAUUUUGUUCAGAAUCUUAAAGAGACGGCAGUCUUCAAGAGGAGCCGCUGUCAACUAUGCCUUAGCCGAAUGUGAAUGAAGGGCAGCCUGCAGACCCUUGUGGGGCAGAGACAGAACUCAAGGCUCAGGGCGCACGUGCCUUUAUGGUGUUCUUCAUGCUCAGGACGAUUGGAGCUAAGAAAUGGGAACUGUCUCAGGAACUAUCUGCUCUUAGCCUUCCUUCUUCCUUCUCAAAAAGUUCACCGUCUAGGUUUCUGAGUUCCUGCUUGUUAAAGGGCCCCAGCUGUGACUUCUGCCCCAGAAGCGGCUUUCCUGAAUCUCUGGCUACAUUUAGAACCUACGUUGAUUUCCUGCAUCACCUCAGACUUCGUACACCUACAUCAUCUCAUCUCCUAACUGUGGAACAAGGUUCCUUAAAUCUGGGGGAGGGGGGUGCUCGUGAUUCCUUUAAACCUCUGAGAAUAGCUUUGAACCUUCUCCUUAGGUCAUACACUCUAAUACCCCUAUCAGAAUUUGGCACACAGAUCCAGGCAAUUCCUGGACCCAUUCAAGUUUCCUUUUAACCCUCCCUCUGUUAUUGAGAACUCACUUGUCACCAAGCCCUGUGGUCUCUUCCGUCAGAAGGAGAUCUGGACUGUUGUACAGCCGUGAAGGCUGUGCCCUGCACAGCCCAAGGAGGUACAUUUUCCAGAAGAGGCAUCCUUUCCUGGAUGUUUGUGCCUAGUAGGAUAGUCUUCUCUAAAAUGGGUGAGAAGUGUCUUGGGGAAGGGUAUCGUUUUCUAAUUUGAGCAAAGGUGCCAUGUGGGAUUCCUUAGAUUGAUGACACCUGUACUUUUGCAAUACCUCUUCUGUAUGCCAGACUUGAAGUAGCACAGGAUUUGAUCUCCACUCACACCAUCUCCUUGUUCUGAUAAUGAAAACAAUAAUUAAGAUGAUGAUGAUAAUGAUAAGGUGACUGACAUUUAAAAAACUCUUAUGUGGUGCCAGUCUUAGUUCUCUGAGUGCCCAUUUACAUGCAUUAUAUCAUAUAGUUCUUACAAUAGUUCUUUGACAUCAGUACUAUUAUCCCCCCCCCCCUUUUUUAAGAUGAAGAAAGUGAAGUUUAAUAUAGAGUAUCUCAUAGCUUGCCAGGGACAGAGAUAGGUGUCAAACUCAGUCAGGCUGGCUCUUUGAUCCAGCUCCUUGCUCCUGCAUUCAGAUGAUUAGAUACUUGGACUAAGUGGGGAAAGAAGGAGAUGACUGCGGAGAUGGUUCUUCUCUUGUCUCAUUGUCUGUAUUCUCAGCGACUUUGAUUCAAGUACAGGGAAAAACAGCAGAAAACAAUCUCGGCCAUGCUUCCUCUCAAAGUUCCCAAGGGAAGAACCCUGGACUGUGACCGCUAACUUCUCCAUUGCCAUACUGGCCAGCUCUAUCUGGCAGCACUCAUGGGAUUGAGAUUGGGAGGUUCUGUGUUGGACCUCACAGAGUCCUGCUCCAAUCAGGGCCACUAGGGUGUAGGCAUUUUCCUCCAUAAACCAGAGCAACCACUCUCAUAUUAAAGCUGGAAAAAUAGAAAAAAAAAAAAAAAAUAUAUAUAUAUAUAUACACACACACCAGAUAACUCAUGUUUAUUUCAUGCUGCUGUGUACAACUGGUGGCAUAACUAUGUUCAAGGCUCUGUCUUGGAGGUUGGAGGGCAGAUGCCUCAGACCAAAUACAGCACAAAACUUUGUUUAGUAGGUACUAAAUUUGGGCACAAAGAUCUCAACUACUUAUUUUAAACUUUUCUUUUUUUCUGGUUAUGAAAGUUAAGUGGAUAAAAGUACAUAUAAUUUUUGCUUACUAUAGAAAAGUUUAAAAUGAGUUGAAACUAUGCUUCCAUUAGCCAAAGCUAACACUAUUAACAGUUUGUGUAUUUCUUCUCAGUAUUAUUGCUAUAUUAAAAUACAUAAAAUUAUCAAAUGCAUAGAUUUUAAUAAAUGCAUAAUUCAUUGUG